AUGAUGCUGGAAUUAAAUUAGAAAAUAGAUUAUGUACUCAUGGCUGUGCUUAAAGUAUAGAAAACAAUACAUCAUCUUCAGCAACUAACUGCACAUUGUGUGAUACUAAAUAUUACCUUAGUAGUGAUAGUUAAUAAGGUCUUCCUUAAUGUCCUUCUAAUUGUAGUUAAUGUAAUGUUUCACUUUAAAUGUGAAACAUGUGCUUUUGAUUAUAUUUUAACAUCAACAAAAAAAAAGCUAACAAGAAAAUUAAUAAAUUUUUGGACUUCUUGUUGCUAAAUUCUGAUUGUAUAAAUAUCAUUUAUAAUUUAAUAAUUUUAGAAUAGAGGGUUUUUUUUUCUAAUUAUAUUCUCCUGUUAUUUUAAGAUUUGA